GGUAAACGACUAUAAAAGUCUAUAACAGAGUUGGGCACCGGCGGCGGCAAGGAGCGCCAUGGCUGCUUCAACUGAGCGCGUGGAUGUGUUCUGGGAUUCCGGCAUGCUGAAUCAUGACUCGGGCACCGGAGUAUUUGACACUGGAAUGGAUCCUGGAUUCCUUGACGUCCUAGAAAAGCACCCGGAGAACUCUGAUAGAGUCAAGAACAUGGUUUCUAUUCUUAAGCGUGGCCCAAUCUCUCCCUAUAUUUCUUGGCUUCCUGGAAGACAUGCUCUGCUUCCUGAAUUGCUCUCCUUCCACUCUCCAGAAUACAUAAAUGAACUAGUUGAAGCAGAUGAAGAGGGAGGUAAAAUGCUAUGUGCCGGGACGUUCUUGAACCCGGGCUCGUGGGAUGCCGCCCUUCUUGCUGCCGGUACUACACUAUCCGCAAUGAAGCAUGUGCUUGAUGGAAUUGGCAAAAUUGCAUAUGCAUUGGUCAGGCCUCCAGGUCACCAUGCUCAGCCUACUCGAGCUGACGGCUACUGCUUCCUUAACAAUGCUGGUCUUGCGGUUCAGUUGGCUUUAAUAUCUGGAUGUGCAAAGGUGGCGGUUAUAGACAUCGAUGUUCAUUAUGGCAAUGGGACUGCCGAGGGGUUCUAUCGGUCUGAUAAGGUUCUUACAACCUCCCUUCAUAUGAAUCAUGGUACUUGGGGUCCAUCUCACCCACAGAAUGGCUCUAUUCAUGAGCUCGGUGAAGAGGAGGGUUUCGGUUAUAAUUUGAAUAUACCUUUGCCCAAUGGGACAGGGGACCGAGGAUAUGUGUAUGCUAUGAAUGAGUUGGUUGUCCCAGCAAUCAGGAAGUUUGAACCUCUAAUGAUAGUUUUGGUGAUUGGCCAAGAUUCAAGUGCUUUUGAUCCAAAUGGAAGGCAAUGUUUGACAAUGGAUGGUUAUAGAGAGAUUGGCAAGAUAGUUCGUAGCCUGGUGGAUAGGUACUGUGGUGGACGUCUUCUGAUUGUCCAAGAAGGUGGAUAUCACAUUACAUACUCGGCCUAUUGUCUUCAUGCAACACUUGAAGGUGUGCUCAACCUACCGAUUCCUUUGUUAUCCGAUCCCAUUGCUUAUUACCCUGAGGACGAGCACUUAUCUAUGGAAGGUAUUGAAACCAUAAAAAGAUUCCAGAAAGAUACUGUACCGUUUUUGUCAGGUGAUUAAUUUGUUUUUGUAGUGUGGUACCUUGUAGAGUUUUCUGUCUGUGAUAUAGACUUACAGUAAUGUUAUUGCAAAAAAACUAGUAUAGUUUACUUUGUUCUAAUUGUGUGAUAGAAAACUUGCUACGUACAAUCCUUAUUGUUUUUGUAGUAACAUCCUUCUUACUUGUGAAA